CACCAACGUCCAACACUUCAACUGUUUUUUUUUUUUUUUUUUUUUUCAGAUUCUCAACACACCAGUGCCGUCCACUACACGAGGACUACCAGCAAAAAACGAUUAAGAAAUAAAAAGCACAAGAACAGAAGCUUUGCAGGAGAAACUUCGGUUGCGGACGUGUGAGGAGUUGUACAGAGCAACAUGUCGUCCAGACAGCUCCGCAAGCUUCAGAAGCAGCGCGAUGAGGCACAAGCCUCUAGUAUUGCUGCUGAUGAAGGAAGCGAUUCUGCGGAUAAUAGUGAUGGUGCUGCUGUUCGCGCAUCACCUGCCCGGCCGAAUCUGUUCGCAGCUUUGGGAGGAGAGGACGAAGAAGAGCCUCCCACUGAGGAUGAAGAGGAUCAGCCUGAUGAGGUUAUGGCAGACGAGAAGAUUGAAGCGACACCGACAAUAUCGAGCAAAAACAAAAGGAAGAAAAAGAAAAAGAAGGCAAAGAAGGCCAGUGCUGCAAACAAUGAGGUCGCAAAGGACUCUGAAGAUGAGAUUGAUAAGGCUUUGAAGGAUUUAAAAGUUUCCUCGCAAGAACAGACUGGCGCUGCCGGAGCUCCGAAGCGCAAUUUCGCUUUACAAGCUGAGCUGUUUGGAAUCAACCCCUACCAUCUCAAGGCUAUGAACGAGAUGCGCAAUCUCUUUGGCCGUGAGGUGAUUGAAUCGGCACAGGCCGAAGAAGACCAGGAACAAGCCAGGCGUAUGGGUGGCAGCCGUCGUCAACAGAUGCAAGCCAUGCGACAGCAAGUCGACUUGGAAACAUUUCUAAGAGAACCCCCUGGCGCCCCUAAGCUGCCGGAGGUGUCGCUCCGACGAAACCUGUUUAUCCAAGGCAAGGAGCAUUGGCCGAAGCAAUCUGCUGGUGGCUUAACUAUGAAGGAAGUGGGCAAAGCUGAAGAUGGAUCAUCUACAGAGUAUGCAUACAUUCAUGAAAAGGCAUAUGACGAGAUUCAGUCUGUCUUUUUCGGCUGUGUUCAGCUUGGUGACCCGAUGAGGAUGGUUCACAUGCUCAAGCGAGUUCCAUAUCAUGUUUCGACACUUCUGCAAGUCAGCUUUGUGGCGAAGCAAGACCAAAACAUGGCACUCUCUUCUGAGCUCUGCGAACGAGCCCUUUUCACUUUUGGUCGCGUGACCACAUCAGCCUUUCGCCAGGAUGUAGAGCAAGGCAGAGCACGGCUUGAUUUCCGACGACCGGAGAAUAGACAAUUCUGGCUUGCAGGUUAUCAUUAUAUUCGAAGCCUUCUACGAAAGGGAACAUUCCGAACAGCGCUGGAAUGGUCUAAGCUUCUGUAUGCUCUCGACACGACAGAUCCGUUUGCUAUGCGUCACUAUCUGCACUUCCUUGCGGUACGAUCUUACGAAGGCCAAUGGCUACUAAAAUUCUUGGAUGACUUGAGAGAUAAUGGAGAGCAUGAAGACUCGGUGUAUAUCGAACAAAGCCGAGUACUAGCAAAGUUGCAACUGGGAGACACUGCCGGCGCACGGGCGGAUUUGGAGGUCGGUAUUAAAACUCUACCUUGGCUUUACUGUGCACUAUUCCAAGAGCUCGGCCUAGAUGCACCACCAUCAAUCUGGGGUAUGAAUGCAGAAUCCGACUCGAGGCAGUUUUGGGUUAAGCUGUACAUAUACUUGGCCAAAGACAUCUGGAACAAUACUGGGGCUACGUCUCUGUUGCAACAGGUUGCCAAGAGCAUGGAAAAGGUUGACGUAUCUACUUUACCGGCUGAUGAUAGCUCACCGGGUCUCGAUGCUACACGUUUGGCAUAUCUCGAAGGGCAGACCGGCCUGCUAGCGGUGGCGCCACGAGCACUGCUUGACCAGCAGCCGAAUUACGAAUUCGAUCCAUUGCCUCCAAAAGAAGAGGACAAUGUGUUUACUGGAGAGGGAACAAGAUUGCCAUGGACUGCGAGCCGCACCUCAUCGCAAGCAGGCGUCAACGAUAUGCUUGCUCGUCUCCAAGCGAUGGGUAUGAGGCAGGGCGGAGGCCCCCGUGUCGCACGCGGUGCGAUGCAGGCAGCCGCGGACCCAGACAACUCUGACGCAGACUACGAAUCAGACGAGGAGCUAAGGCGAGAUCUUGAGGAGCAUGCGCGACGCGCAAAUGAACCUGGGAUGUUUGAUGCGUUGUGGCAGAUGCUUGGUAUGCGAGGCGCAGAGCAGCAAGCUGCCAGCGAAAUGAUUAUUGAAGGCGGCCCUACCCCUGGUGCAUGGCCAGAAGACUACGAUGUAGAGGAUGACGCUUUUGACGGUGACUAUGCAGAGGAUGACCAUGUAGAAGAAACUCACUAACCAAGGGUGCUGGCUCUGGAAGGGCACAGAAUAACUUGAAUAUACAUGCCAUUGGCGUUUUUUUACUAUGAGCAA